AUGGCGCGCGAGAUCAUGAGAACUCAUGACUUAAUCUUCGCGAGCCGUCCUUUGUUGAAGAAUGCGGAGAUCCUCCUUUACGGUCGCAUGGACAUGGCCUUCUCGCCUUACGGCGAGCAUUGGAGGCAACUUAAAAAGCUUUGCACUAUCCACCUCUUAAGUACCAAAAGGGUGCAAUCUUAUAAACUAGCUAGAGAGGAAGAAGUAGCCUUCAUGGUCAAAAAUAUCACUCAAUGUUCUCUUCUUCACGCUCCGAUCGACAUGAGCGAAGUGCUAUUCUCUUUCGUGAAUGAUAACAUCUGUCGAUUGGUUUCAGGAAAGUUCCUUAGAGAAGGAGGGAGGAACCACUUUUUCCGCAAGGCAAUUGAGGAGAUUGUGACUCUUCUCGGAGGGUUUCGAGUUGAGGAUUAUUUCCCUUCACUUGCAUGGCUUGAAGGAUGGUUUCUAGGGUUAAGUAAGAGGGCCAGAAGGGCCUUUAAGAUAUGGGAUGAUGUGCUUGAUGAGGUGAUCAAGGAGCAUGAGAAUAGGGAUAAGGAUGAUGGGGAAAAGGACUUUGUGGAUGUGUUACUAUCUCUUCAAAAAGAUCCUAACAUGGAUUUUGAGUUAAAGAAAGAGCACAUCAAGGCAAUCUUAGUGGAUAUGUUUGUUGGAGGAACAGAUACAUCAUACAUAGUCCUAGAAUGGGCCAUGGCAGAGCUUGUUCGAAACCCCAACAUCAUGAAAAAGCUACAAAAUGAGGUGAGGGAGGUUACUAUGAAAAGCGGUACAAUCAGCGAGAAUGAUCUGAACACGAUGACCUACUUAAAAGCCGUGAUCAAAGAAACCUUACGAUUGCACCCUCCAGCACCGCUACUGACUCCGAGAGAAUCAAUGAAAGAUUGCUACAUAAAAGACUACUUCAUUCCGAAAAACACGAGAGUUAUCAUCAAUGACUGGGCUAUUAGUAGAGACCCAAAAUAUUGGGACGCACCCGACGAAUUUCGUCCUGAGAGGUUUAUAAAUAGCUCGAUCGACUUCAGAGGUAACGAUUUCCAGUUCAUUCCAUUCGGGGCGGGUCGGAGAGGUUGCCCUGGCAUGCAAUUUGCAGUGUCCACAGUCGAGCUCGCGUUGGCUAAUCUUGUGUGUGGGUUCGAGUGGGAGUUGGCUCGUGGCGCGAUGGAAGAACGGGAGCUGCAUAUGACUGAGGCUCCAGGGUUAACAAACCGAAUGGAAAAAAGGCUUAUGCUUUUUGCUACACCGAUUCGCGCUUAA